AUGUCAUACGCCGUUGAGUCCAAGAAGCGGAAAUUCCACCGCGUCUUGGAGUCAAUAUCGAAACCACUUGCGGCUGACACAACCUCCAACCAAUCCAAUACAUCACUCGCGACGGCGCAAGAUCGCCUCCCCGCGAAUCUCUCCAUCAAGAAAGUCCGUCUCAGCGGCGACAAUUCCGAUCUCCCUGCCGUGCGCAACUCCAUCUUGAAGAUCUCGCGCUCCUCACAGCGACUAGCAUCUACAUCUUCUAAUAAGCGCCCGACUUUUGUUCCAUGGGACCGCGAGCGCUUUCUCGAGCGGCUCGAGACCUUUCGCCGCGUGGACCGCUGGACCUCCAAACCAGCCCCGAUCAAUGAAGUGCAAUGGGCCAAGCGAGGGUGGAUCUGCACAGAUGUCGCACGGGUGGGCUGUGUUAGUGGUUGUGGUGGCUCUGUCGUGGUCAAGUUGCCAGACGAGAUCGAUGAGCUCGAUGGGUAUGACGCCGAGAAGGUGCAUGAGCGGAAAGAAGUCCGCGAGAAACUUGUCGAGAAGUAUGGGAAGCAAUUGAGUGAAGGGCAUGGCGAGUCCUGCCCGUGGCGGAACAAGGGCUGCGAUGCUACCAUUCAACACCUAUCGCUGAACAACGGCGACGCGGCCAUCUCGGGGCUUCACAAGCGCUAUUUGAACUUGGUGAAAAUGGCAGACCAGCUACCGGGAAAUAACGUCAUUCAGCCCCCCGAGGGCCUUGAUCUUGAAGAAAUUAUUAAAAUAUUGCCCGAAGAAUGGUCCAAAACAUCCGAUCAACCCGCCGAGGCCAUCAACACAGAAAACGAACCAGCCGGCAACAACCAAACCACAGAGGCCGCUGAAUCACAAUCACCCAAGAAUCCUCCUAUCAACCCCUCAGCAUUCACACUGGCCUUCUUCGGCUGGGACACGACAUCAGAUGGAGCUGCCGGCUUGGUGGGAUGCACAGCCUGCUUCCGUCGUCUGGGGCUCUGGAUGUACAAGCCAAAGGAGAACGGCGACGUCACUGUCUAUACCUCCUUGGAUGCUGCCUCUGAGCACAUGGAAUACUGUCCAUGGAUUGACAGAUGCUCCCAAAGUGGUACAGGCAAGCCAACGGAGAAAGUAGAGGGCUUGCACAGUGGAUGGGAACUCGUGGCACAGGCUUUGAAGGUCAAGCACCGCCGACUACUCCGGUCUGUGGCAUCGAUGGACACCAUCCACACUAGAGCGAGUACACCUUGCAUGGAAACUGUGCCCGACGAGGAAAACGAGGAAACAAAAAGAAAGCUGACCGGGAGUGGUGGGCUAAAAUCCGGCGGAUGA